AAAAAAUUUGAAUCUAUGCUUUCCUUUUCCUAACAAGAAAUAGCUGUCUUCUUCUUCUUCUUUCUUGGUCUUCUCUCCUAUCACUUGUCCGAUGAUCUCAGCUUAAGCGUGCGUGGUAGCCUUUUCUUUUUUUACUUUUAAGCUUUUUAAUCCCUCUCUCCUUUGCAGUCUCUCCCUUUUUCUCGCUUCUCUUCCCCUCUCGGCCGAAGAUUUCUCGCACCCACAAUGGGUAGUUGUCUGAGCAAGAAGGGCUCUUCUCAGACUGUUGCUACAGCAGCAUCAGCAGCUGCUUCUUCCCUUCCAGAUCCGCCCUGUAAGCCAAAACCCCAGGAAGAGGUGAAGGAGGAGCAAAAGACGAUGGUACCACCACAAGCCGAAGAAAAGGUGAAGGAGAUCUUCGUCAUAAAACACAGAAGGAGCCAUGAAAGACGCACUGAAGAGAAAGGAGCAGCUUCAGCAGCAGCAGGUGGUGGUGGAGGAGGAGGAGAAGUAGGCGAUAAGAAGGAAGAUUCCUGCAAUGGAAUCAAUGCCAACAAUAUUGCUGCUAAUGCUACUAAUAAUGGUGGCAGUACCAGUGGCGUUGCCCCUGUGAGGACUUCCAGCUGCACCAAAGAAGAAGUAGAUGCCAUCCUCAUACAGUGUGGACGAAUCAGCCGGAGCUCCUCCGGCAAGGCUUCUGCUUCUAACGACAACGGCAGUAACUCCCAUGCUCUCGGCACUAGUGGAAGUAGGAAGUACUCGGGUUCCAAGAGGAGUUAUGAUUUCGACCAUGACGAUGCCUCCGCACGAGCAGCCGAUGAUAACGACUACGACGAUGCCGAGGAUGAACAGGAGAGACGCCAACAUCGGCACCGGCAGCGCCACCAACAUCGGUCUAGGUCUUCUCACCGGAGAACACCCAGCAGGGAAGGAGACGCUGAGUUCAAGCAGAGAUCCGGUAGUAGAGACCGUACUUAUUCUUCUUCUGGAGAAGAAAAGAGGCGAAUCGGCGGUAGUGGGAGAAGGGUGAGCCGCUCCCCUGGUAGGAGAUCUGAAACCCCGACUGCUGGCAAUGCAACGCCUACCACGGAAAAGUCUAGGCCGGGAAGGAUGGUUUCUGUUCCGGCUUCUUUGUCCAACCGCGAUAAAAGCAAUGGCGAUGCCACAGCUGCUGCUGCCGUCCCCGAGCCUGCUAAUCGGAUCAAAAGGGUUUCAGUGAAGAGAAGUGUUGAGGUUGGUGGUGGAUUUAGGACGGCAGCAUCGCCUCGUUCUCAGUCUCCUGCAAACAUUAGAUCUUCCAACGAGAAUGCCCACCAUCAUAAUCAUCCUCCUCACACACCCUCCGUCAGCCGGAACUCUUCCAGGAAAGCAGAACACUCUCCUUACAGAAGAAACCCCAUGAAUGAAAUCGAUGGGAACACUUUAAAUGAACAGCUUCUGUUCAGGGCUCAUGAUACAACCAACAACAAGGUAGAAAAGGGCAAGGCAGGAGUUGAAACAGGAGUAAUGAGCAAAACAUCCCAAUUUCUGUCCCAGAAGCCUGAUGAGAAAAGCAAUAGAGUUGUAGAACUUCCACAAGGGGAUACUGAUAGACGAGAGAGUUCCAAAGCAAAGGAGGAGCAGCAGAAGAUCGACGAGGAACAAUCAGGGGCUAAAGGGAUUCCAGUAAAGGCCAACGAGGUUGCAGUGACUGUAGUAGCCACAGGCAGCGAAAACCUGAAGCCCCAGACAAUAACAAGAAGUAGGUCCUCCAGGAGAUCCAGAGACCUCGACAUUGCCCUGGGUUUCAACCCAGACAGCCAUCUCAAUCCAAACUCCUACGCCUCGCUAUUGCUUGAAGAUAUUCAGAACUUCCACCAACAGAACAACAGCACUGCCUUUUCUCUCCCAGCCUGUGUUACCAAGGCUUGCUCCAUCUUAGAAGCAGUGGCUGACCUCAACUCAUGCACCAGUUCCAAUCUCUCUUGUGCAUUUUCAGAGGACAAAAUCUCCGGAGCAGAUGGAUCUCACAGCAAGAAUGUUUCUUCCAAUUUCCAUCUUGGAAAGAGGAGAAUGGUGGCAAAAGAGCCAUUUUUGGAGUCUGAGGUGGUCGUGAGCGAUGAUCUAAUGGAGCCCAGCCUCCAUAAGUACGUGACUGUGAGAAGGGGUGUGGCAGGUGAAGAGAUGGACGAGCAAGAAUCCUCGGGAAGUAACAGCUUUGUGGGUCAACACUGGGCUGCUUCUUCAUGGGAACCCAACUCAGCUGAUUCCACAGAGCGCUGGACUUCACAGUCAAACUAUGGAGACGAGGUGGUGGACAAGGAGAGGGAACCAAGUUCUCUAGGCAUCGAAAACAAAGCCAUCUCCGAGGCUGCUGUUCAUGGUGCUGUAGUUGGGGCAAGGAGAUUACGGCACAGUGGUAAUAACAAUAAUUACUUGCCAACUGCAACUGCGAGCGCAAAAAGUAGAGAGUUUGAUUAUCAUCAAAUGGGAAGUGGGCUUGGAAGGAUUGGAGCAAGAGGUCAAACAAUUCCCAUUGUUACAGCUGCUUCAAUGUAAUCCACAAGGAUGGAACAAGAAUUAGCAGAUUAAAGUCCACAAGUUGGCUCAAGAAGACUGCUUCUUGCCCAUCACAGUUUAAACUUUUCAGGUAAAAAAAGAAGCAUUUAUUUCUUGAUAACAUGUUCCUCUCUCCAUUAAGUUUUUGUACAGUUGAUAUAUUUCUCUUUUGGGAGGACAUUGGAGCUGUAUUCACUUGUUUCAUGUUGGCUGUUGGAUUAUUUAUGGGUCAACAUUGAGCUUCUUGUUGACUGUAUUGCAGCAAUGAAUCCAUCAACUAAUACUUUGUCACAGAUUGUCCAAAAAGAGAACUAUACUAUGUUAUUGAAUCUUGAGAAUUUCAAAGUUGUCUUUA